GGCGUUCUGCGCAUGUCUUUAUCGCCUCUGGCUCGGAGUUGCUGACGAGGAUCAGAACAAUAAUAAAAACAGAGAGGAAUAAAACUACAGAUUAUUAUUGUUAUUUUAUUCAUCUUAAACUACAAUUAUGCCUUCUGAUAGACCUUUCAAACAGCGGCGGAGCUUCGCUGAUCGCUGUAAGGAGGUGCAGCAGAUACGAGAGCAGCAUCCUAAUAAAAUUCCGGUCAUCAUUGAGAGAUAUAAGGGAGAAAAGCAGCUUCCCGUUUUGGACAAGACCAAGUUUCUUGUACCUGAUCACGUCAACAUGAGCGAACUGGUGAAGAUUAUCAGGCGUCGUCUGCAGCUGAACCCGACCCAGGCCUUCUUCCUAUUGGUCAAUCAGCACAGCAUGGUGAGCGUGUCCACACCCAUUUCUGAGAUCUACGAGCAGGAGAGGGACGAGGACGGCUUCCUCUACAUGGUCUACGCCUCGCAGGAGACUUUCGGCUGCUAAGCUAACGGCUAACCUCCUCACGAUUAGAGAUUAGAUUAGAGAGAGCGAGCAGAGAACGAGAAACGCCCAGGGAGCUAACGUGCUACGGCUAACUGAGGCCACGCCCCUUUUGUGUUUCUCUCUUAAAAACUACAAAAAAAAACCUUAGUUUCUCUCCUGCCAUCUUCAAACUAACACUACCAUUGUUGUGUCUCAUUACGACACGAGUCCUCGUGCAACAGCACUGCUGUACCUGCUAGAUUCACCCCUCGAUUGCUUGUGUUUAUUUUUUAGUUUCGUUUUUAACCCCGCCCACUUUAUUAUUAUUAUUAUUAUUAUUAUUAUUAUUAUUAUUAUUAUUAUUAUUAUUAUUCAUUUUUUCCCCCAGUUAGUGACACAGUAAUGUAUAAAGCCUGGGCGUUCAACGUAAGAAGACGUUCUGACCCUGAGCUCAGGCCUUGCACGUUCUUUUAAUUUUAAAUUUUUGAUUUUUUUUUAUUUUAUUUGAUUUUAUUUGUACCGGUGUGUAAAAUAAUUAGCAUAAUUAGCAACACUUUUCCUGUCAUUUGUAAAUACAUGUAGGUGAGUGCUAUUAUAAAUUUUAUAAUUAUAAAAGUAAGUGUGUAGUUUAGGCUUUGUUGCAUUUACUGCUUGCUUGUAGUAAUCAGCCAAAUCCGACCGAAUCUGUACGACUCUGACGCUGGAGUGAGAUUUUUAUUUUAGUCUUUCCUUAAAGUAAAACGAAGUGAAAGAAAGAAAGAAACAAAGAAAGAGAGAAACUAUAGACUUCCUAACAUGUACUCGUAUUACCUGCUGCAGUAACAUCUAUUCACCACUAGGGUGAAUAAAAAAAAAAAAAACACACACACAGUGUUACGCACCCUGUUUUAAAUAAAGCCCUACAUCUGGAUAGGAUUAGUUUCUCACUAGUAUUUCACACUUCUACUCUACAGUGAUAAAACUCCUGCAUCCGGACUGCAAUUUAUAAAACAGGAGGACCAGUGAGGUCACAUGACCUCAUCGCGGAGUUCAGUAGCUCCUCCAUCUCCACUCGCUGUUGUGUUUUUUUUUUUUACGUGGAUCUCCGUGGAAACCGUGGCGCAUCCAAAGUGUAAUUACGGUGCGCGGCAGUGGACAAAUAUCUAUUUUAUUAAAGGCGAGGAGACGAAACUCAGAGAUGUGCGUCCGGACGGGACUAAAAUUAGAGAGAAACUAAUCUAAUCUAAUCCUGUCCUGUCCGGAUAGGGAUUUGAUAACGAUAUACAUUGCCCACAUUACGUAUUAUGAUAUAUCACAUCACGAUACAGUGAUUUUGCGAUACUUGAUAUAUAUAAAUAUAUAUGUAUGAGUACCAGUCACAAAUUUGGACACACCUUAAAUAUGGAAUUAUUUAGUAAACUUAAAAAAGACCAUCAAAAACUUCAUAAUUAUUAUAAUAAUGAUGAAACUGGCAUUCAUCAGCUCUGCUCCAGAAAAAAAAAUAAGAGUAAGAGUUUCCUCUGUUUUACAGGAUAAGUUCAGCAGAGUUACCAGCUUACAGUGUUUUUUAGGUUUGUUUAACACUUUUAUUUACUACACUUUUAUUUUAAGUUACUACAUGAUUCCUUAUAUGUUUCUUCAUAGUCUUGAUAGAUAAUUUUAGAAAUGCUUAAAAUCAAUACUACACAGCAAAGCUAGACAAAAUAUAUGUAAAUUGAGACAAAUGUUUAAACUAAGCAAAAAAAAUCUGCAAAUGGGGUGAGCGAAUUUUUCUUAGUAAGAAUUUUUUUAAAUGAUUAAUCACAAAGUUUCAAAAUGAGUGAAAUAAGCCUAAAUUAAGCAAAAAGUGGCUUAAAUUUGUACACAAGAAUCAAUAAAACUUGACUAGUAACUUUCUGUGCUUAUUUUGAAUCUAAAUUACCUAAGAAAAGGUGAAACUUCUAAGUGAGACUGGAUAAGAUAAUAUUCCUAAAAUAAGUAAAAACAAAAUCUACACUUACGAUGCUUAGUAAGACCAAAAAUGUAUCAGAGAAAAAAAUAAGAUUUAUUGCCUUAAAACUAGUUAAUUUCACUUGCUAAGAAUAAGGUUUUUGCAGUGUAUUCAUCACAAUAUUGAUAUAUAUUUUGUCCCAGCCCUAGUUAGGAGUUAAUUUGACCCGUGUGUUAAACUGUGUUCAGACUCGUCUCCUCGCUGAGCUCAAUGUUGGUUUACAUGCUGUUUUUAGUUCAUAUUUCUGCCGCCAGGUUUGCAGAAUGCGCCGUGCAUUUACAAAUAUAGCUGUAGGAGUCAGUCGAGCCUAAAAUAUGCGAGUAUGAAUGCGGCCUGUGUGUGUUUGUGUGUGAACGCUUAACUCCAGUGCAGCCGGAGGAACAGGACAACACUACAUAGAUGGCAGGCGAGGUUUGUUUAGGCACUACAGCACUGUAACUGUAAUAAAUAUAAUAAAUAUAAUAAACAGACCUGAAUAUGCUUCUUUUGCACAAAUGAAACAGAACAGCUAAGAGAGGAUAAACUCUAAACUCUUUGAAAUUGAGAACUCUAAUAUAAUUGUAGCACAGAAUCGUUGUAUUUUCUAUCCAGCUUCUUUCCGUUUACGUUUUCCAUCACGACGCGACGCGUUUGCCUUCUGUCCAAAACUUCAGUGAAGGGUUUAUAUGAUGCACUACGUAUCUUGCAUGUUUUAUUUUCUUCCUCAACUCUUUUUUUUAUAUAUAUAUAUAUUGAUUUAUGCUGUAGAUUUAAUUAUUUCGACUUUAUUUAACGCAGAAAAACAAGUCUUUUUAGAUGUUUUCAAACCAAAAAAAGAGAAAAAAAAGAAUGAAAACCUGAAAUAAAUAAAUAUGUAUGUGAGUGUGUAUAAACUACUAUAUGAUUAAGCUUCA